AUGGGCAACCUCACCAUCAUCACAGAAUUCCUCCUUAUGGAUAUCACAAGCUCUCGGGAGCUCCAAGUCUUGCAAGGUCUGCUUUUCCUACUGAUUUAUCUGGGAUCCAUGGCUGGAAAUAUUCUAACUAUUACCGUCAUUAUAACAGACAUGCACCUUCAUUUCCCAAUGUACUUCUUUAUAGCCAACUUAUCCUUGCUAGACUUUUGCUGUAUUUCAGUAACGGUCCCCAAAUCGGUUUUAAAUUCUCUGAUGGACAGUAAAGUGAUUUCUCUCAGAGAAUGUGUGACUCAAUUUUUCCUGUUUAUCUUAUUUGCAGUCACCGACUUUUUUUUCCUCGUGGUCAUGUCCUAUGACCGCUACGUUGCCAUUUGUCACCCUCUGCAUUAUCCGCUCAUCAUCACCCCACAGUUGUGCAUACAGGUCUCAGGGGGCACGUGGGCCAGUGGGCUGGUGUAUUCAGCAAUCCAUACAGGCACCAUGUUCAGGCUGCCCUUCACAAAAUCCAAUGUCAUUCACCAAUUUUUCUGUGACAUUCCUCAAAUACUGAGCAUUUCAUCCCAGUCUGUGCAGUUUUCUGAAACAGUGGCUAUAGCAGUGAGUUCUGGCUUUGUCUUAAUCUGCUUUCUUGUCUUACUCACCUCCUAUAUUAAUGUAUUUUCUACUGUGCUCCGGAUGAAAUCUAUGGAAGCCAGAAACAAAGCCUUCUCUACCUGCUCCCCACAGUUAGCUACAGUCAUUUUGUUUGUAAUCUCUGCGAUAUUUGGUUGUUUGGGCCCCAGCUUAAAUGCAUCAACUGUUCAAAACUUUCUUGCAUCUGUGUUCUACUCCAUAGUGCCCGCCUUUGUGAAUCCGAUUAUCUUUAGCCUGAGAAACAAGGAAAUCAAGAGUGCUCUUGGCAGAAUGAUAUUUAGAUAUUCCAAGUUCCCCUAG